AUGCCGCACAUCACGUAUCACCAUUACAGGGUGCUGUCGCUGGCGCGGUCCACCGAACGCCGCGAUCAUGUCCGGGCUGAGCUGGCGGCGGCGGGCGUGCACGACUUUGAGUUUGUAGACGCUCUGGACGGCGACGGCGACCUGCCCGAGGCGGAGGUCCAGACCUACUUCACGGGCGAGCGACUGGCCAAAUUCCGGGCCCGCACCCCAAACGCGCGGUACAAGGUGGCCUGCGACCUCAGCCACUUCCGUCUCAUGCACCGUCUGCUGGGCACGGGCCUGCCCAUGGCCCUGGUGCUGGAGGACGACUUUGCGGUGCCCCCCGCCUCGCGCCCGCUCCUGCCCGCCCUGCGCGCGCGCCUCGGCGCCCUGCCCGCCGGCUGGGACGUGCUGCACCUGUCCCUCUGCGACGCCACGCCACAGGCCUGGGCGGGCCCCGGCGUGCGCCUGUUCAGCCGCGGCUUCUGCACGCUAGGCACGCUGUACACGCGGCGGGCCGCGCUGCGCGCGCUGCGCGCCGCCGGGGUGGGUCUUCGCAAUGUGGACAACCUGCUGCUGGACCUGGCGCUGACGGGGGCCUUGGCCUCCUACCUCGCCGACCCCCCGCUGGUCCAGCCCCUGCCCGCCGCGCGCUGGCCCAGCGAGAUCGACCGGGAGCCGGGGGCAAAGGAUCCUUUCUGA